GAGUUGUCCUACUUGCAUUGUGAAGGAAUCAUGUCUGGUGAAUUAAAGCAUGGUCCACUGGCUAUGGUUGAUGAGAAUCUGCGCAUUUGUAUGGUGAUUUGCAAAGAUUCCGUUUACAAGAAGUCUCUGAAUGCCUUGCAACAGGUGGUUGCCCGCGGUGGAGCACCGUUCAUUAUAGCUGAUCAAAGUGUACCCGAAACGGAUUUGGGUGGAAUGAAACACAUUCUGAGGAUACCAAAAACUGUUGACUGUGUCCAGAAUGUGCUAACUGUUAUCCCAUUGCAGCUGUUGGCUUACCACAUUGCUGAGCUAAACGGGCAAAAUGUAAGUAAACUCCCAAAAACCAUACUACGGCUUUUUCAAAAAAAAAAACGUAUUCACUGA